UUGUAGCAGUCUGCUCGGUAUCACCUCCAGUCUACCAGAGCAACAAGCCUGACCACCGUGCCCCUGACACGGUCUGCGGACACAGAAAAUGCCCCGAAAGUGACUCGAGAGGACGGCAGGACUGUCCGGACGCCGGCACUGGACUCCGUGGAGGUUUUCUGACCGACGGACCCGAGUCUCCUGCGCCGUCUCCGCAGCAUUAGGCCUCAUGGAGCUGGGGACUCGACGCCUGCUGUGCACCAGGGAGCUCGAUCCAUGCCCGGUUCCCAGCAAACAACCAUAAAGGGUGGGGACCUUGAUUCAGUUCCUUUUUCCCGUCCCUCCCCCUAAAUUGCCCCUGUGGUGAUAUUGUCCUCUCCCGUCUGUGGCCUGCAACAUGAUUGGCAAGCUGAAACAGAACUUGUUGGUGGCCUGUUUGGUCAUCAGCUCGGUCACGGUCUUCUACCUGGGCCGCCACGCCAUGGAGUGCCACCAUCGCAUCGAAGAGCGAAGCCAGCCGGGCGGGAUCUUGCCUCUGUCAGCUUUGGGGGGCAGCAUGAGGACCACCUUACGGACAGGCCAGAAUCUCAGCACGCCUUUUGUUUACAACAAAGACAUGCCGCUCAUCUUCAUCGGUGGAGUGCCCCGCAGCGGGACCACGCUAAUGCGAGCCAUGCUGGACGCCCACCCCGAGGUGCGCUGUGGCGAAGAAACUCGCGUCAUCCCUCGUAUCCUGGCCAUGAAGCAGAUGUGGAGCCGCUCGGGGCGGGAGAAGAUGCGCCUGGACGAGGCCGGUGUAACAGAUGAGGUGCUGGACGCCGCCAUGCAGGCCUUUCUGCUGGAAAUCAUCGUCAAACAUGGAGAGCCCGCCAACUUUCUCUGCAACAAGGACCCUUUUGCUUUGAAGUCGCUUUCCUAUCUGGCCAAAAUCUUUCCCCGUGCCAAGUUUGUACUCAUGAUUCGCGAUGGCCGGGCCUCGGUCCACUCCAUGAUCUCACGGAAGGUAACUAUCGCCGGCUUUGACCUGAGCAGCUACCGGGACUGCCUGACCAAGUGGAAUCGGGCCAUAGAGACCAUGUACACACAGUGCCUGGAGGCAUCGGAUAAAUGCCUACCUGUGCACUACGAACAGUUGGUCCUUCAUCCUGAGAAGUGGAUGAAGACGCUGCUGAAGUUCCUUGACGUUCCUUGGAAUGAUGCUGUCCUCCACCACGAGGAGCUCAUUGGGAAAGCUGGAGGAGUUUCUCUUUCCAAGGUGGAGAGGUCCACAGACCAGGUCAUCAAGCCUGUCAAUGUGGAGGCCUUGUCCAAGUGGGUGGGGAAGAUCCCAGCAGAUGUCGUGAGGGACAUGGCAGUAAUCGCCCCCAUGCUGACAAGACUGGGCUACGACCCCCACGCCAACCCUCCCAACUACGGCCGGCCUGACCCCAAAGUCCUGGACAACACCAGAAGGGUCUUUAAGGGUGAAUUUCAGCUACCAGAUUUCCUAAAAGAACAAUCACAGAUUCAGAAGUCUGCAGACAGACCCAACCCCAGUUAGGAGCAGCAGGAGUGCCAUCACCACAACACACAGAGGUGCGGUGGAACAGAUAAUCAUGGACAUCGGCUCAUCCAUCUCACCAUCUGUGUUGGGCCUCGGCACUUUUCAAAGGUCACAUGACCACAGCAGGACAGUCUCCUCACCAGAGUCAGCCCCUCCUCCUGCGGGCUCCUCGUCUACGGAGAACUCUUGGCCUUCGAUGUUGUACUGUACAAAAAAAUAAUACUAAUACUUCUCACAACCACAGAAUGUCUGCUGAUUGUUAUUUUUCAUGUCACAUCACACUCAUCGAUUUUUAGAAAUGAUUUCUGGCUAUUUAGAAACAAGAUCUGUGAUUCUGUUGUGAGAAACUGCAGUGGACUGAAAUCGCAAGAAGCAUUUAUGAAUGGAAAAUUAGCUUUUGAAAGAUGCAAUACCUAUUUUAAUGUUAAUUUUUUUUCAUGCCUUUGUAUUGUGCAAUGUCAUGGUACUGAUCAGUAUCAACCGUGAUAAACAUUGUUUGUUUGUUUUUUUAAA